UACGAAACUUCCAGAAAUGUGUACAAAUUUGCUUUUCUGAUUAAAUCAGAAAUGGGGAAAGACUAUUACACUGCAUUGGAAAUUAACCGAAAUGGAACUGACGCGGACAUUAAACAGUCGUAUCGUCGACUAGCAUUGAAAUAUCAUCCUCAAAACAACAACCAGCCAGGUGCUUAUGAGAAAUUCAACCAACUUGCUGAAGCUUAUGAUGUUCUGAGUGACCCUCGGAAAAAGGCCACGUAUGAUAAGUUUGGAGAGGAAGGCCUUAAAGGUGGAAUACCUCCAGAGUCGGCGGCGAGCGGCGCAUGGUCUUCGGGAUACACCUACCAUGGAAAUCCUGAGAAAACGUUCCGACAGUUCUUUGGUGGAGAUAAUCCAUUCGCUGAUUUUCACACCACAGACGUGGAACUCGGUUUCGGAGGCCUCCGCGGCCGAGAGGUGAAAAAGCAGGAUCCACCUAUUGAGCGUGACCUGCAUCUAGCCUUAGAGGACCUUUUUCAUGGAUGCACCAAAAAGAUAAAGAUAUCCCGACGUGUGAUGAAUGAAGACGGUCAGACGUCCAGCAUCAAAGACAAGAUUUUAACCAUCACGGUGAAACCAGGCUGGAAGGAAGGGACACGGAUUACAUUCCCUAAAGAGGGUGAUCAGGGGCCAAACUGCAUCCCAGCAGACAUCAUUUUCAUCGUUCGUCAAAAGCCCCACCCAAUGUUUUCCCGUCAAAAUAACGACUUGAUUUACACGGAAAACAUAUCACUGGAGAAGGCAUUGACUGGGUUUUCGGUGGAGGUGGAGACACUAGAUGGCAGACUUCUCAACAUUCCUGUCAAUGACAUUGUAUGUCCACAGUACAGCAAGCUGGUGACAGGAGAGGGAAUGCCUUUGUCCAGCAACCCAGCUGCGCGUGGAGAUCUGAUCAUCCGGUUUAAUACGCAGUUCCCACAGAAGCUCUCCACCGAGAAGAAGCUGCUUAUUAAGCAGGCCUUCUCCAUGUGAUUCACUUUCAGGAAAGUUUUAUAGGCCAUCCACUUCUCCAUUCUCAUGGCUUAUAUUGCAGAUAUGUGCACAAGAGUAUCCUGUUAUCAGUUCUGCUUUUGAUAAAUAAACACACUGCUAUAUA